GUCAAAUCAUUUUGGUUUUUGGGAUGGAAACCGUUCAUAGAAUUAUGUGAAGGCGCCAGCGGGGUAAGAGUAAGACAGUGCAAAAGUCUGCAACACAACACAAGCAAGCAAACCGCAAAGCAGCACGUGAUUUCAGUUCCACUCUCCCAAGCCAAAGCCAUUCCAAACUUCAAGAACCCUCUCUUUAUUCUCUCUUCUCUUCCGUGCACCCUUUCAUAUUCUACACUCGCCCGCACGGGAACACUGCCUCCUUCAUGGCGGAAACCGGUAACGGCAAUGGCUUCAUGUACCUCCACGGCGACCUCGACCUCAAAAUCAUUGAGGCUCGACACUUACCUAACAUGGACAUCGUCUCCGAGCGGUUCCGCCGCUGCGUCACCGCCUGCGACACCAUCAACUUCCACUCCUCAGAACCCGCCGAUACCGCCACCGCUGACGGCACCGACAACCCUCCUGCCACCGCCCGCCGCCACCGCGGUAAAAUCAUCACCAGCGACCCCUAUGUCACUGUCUCUGUCCCCCAGGCCACCGUGGCCCGCACGCGCGUGAUUCGCAACGCUCAGAACCCGCGUUGGGACGAACGCUUCAGCAUCCCGCUUGCUCAUCCUCUCGUCGACCUCGAGUUCCGCGUCAAGGACGACGACGUCUUCGGUGCCGAAACUAUGGGCACCGUCAAGAUUCCGGCAACAACUAUCGCCACCGGCGAAGCCAUUUCCGGCUGGUUCCCUAUACUCAGUUCCUCCGGCAAGCCACCAAAGCCGAACGCCGCGCUCCGCAUCGAGAUGCAGUUCACGGCGGUUCAGGACAACCCGCUUUACCGGAGCGGCAUCGCCGCCGAUCCAGAGCACCGUGGUGUGCGGCACACGUACUUUCCCGUGAGGAAAGGGAGCUCGGUGAGGCUGUACCAGGACGCACAUUGCCCCGAGGGUUUGUUGCCGGAGAUUGAAUUAGAAGGAGGGAAGGUUUAUAAGCACGAGAAGUGCUGGGAAGAUAUAUGCUACGCUAUUUCCGAGGCUCAUCACAUGGUUUAUGUAGUUGGCUGGUCGGUUUACCAUAAGAUUAAGCUCGUUAGAGAACCGACGAAGCCUUUGCCUCGUGGCGGAGACUUGACCCUUGGCGAGUUGCUCAAGUACAAGUCUCAAGAAGGGGUUAGGGUUCUCUUGAUGGUUUGGGAUGACAAGACUUCACAUGAUAAGUUCUUCUUUAAGUCGUCUGGAGUGAUGCAAACUCAUGAUGAGGAAACCAAGAAGUUUUUUAAACAUUCCUCUGUUAUGUGUGUUCUGGCACCUCGCUAUGGUAGCAGCAAGCUGAGCUUCUUGAAGCAGCAGGUUGUUGGAACUGUCUUCACACACCACCAAAAGUGUGUUAUUGUGGACACACAGGCUCCUGGUAAUGAUCGAAAGAUAACUGUUUUUAUGGGAGGUCUUGAUCUGUGUGAUGGUCGUUAUGACACACCUCAGCAUCGACUUUUCAAGGAUCUUAAUACUGUAUUUGAUGGUGAUUUCCACAAUCCUACAUUUCCUGCUGGAACAAAGACUCCAAGGCAACCAUGGCAUGAUUUACACUGCAGAAUAGAUGGGCCUGCUGCGUAUGACAUUCUUAUUAAUUUUGAGCAGCGAUGGAGAAAAUCUACUAAGUGGAGGGAGUUUGCUUUAAUGUUCAAAAAAGCUUCUCAGUGGCAUGAUGAUGCUUUAAUACGAAUAGAACGGAUCUCCUGGAUAGCAAGUCCUGCCAUUCCUCAUUCAAAAGAAAGGCAUACAAUUGUUCCAGAUGACGACCCAAGAGUAUGGGUUUCUCAUGAAGCUGAUCCUGAAACCUGGCAUGUUCAGAUCUUCCGCUCCAUUGACUCUGGAUCCCUGAAAGGAUUUCCAAAGCGUGUUGAUGUUGCUUUAUCGCAGAAUCUUAUCUGUGCUAAAAAUUUGGUCAUAGACAAAAGCAUUCAAACAGGAUACAUUCAAGCAAUCAGAUCUGCUCAACAUUUCAUUUAUAUUGAAAAUCAAUACUUCAUUGGUUCAUCAUAUGCAUGGCUAGAUUAUAAAGACGCAGGGGCUGACAAUCUUAUCCCCAUGGAACUGGCGCUGAAAAUUGCUAGUAAAAUCAGAGCAAACGAGAGAUUUGCUGUUUAUAUUGUUUUACCAAUGUGGCCAGAAGGUGAUCCCAAAACUGGAGCUAUGCAAGAAAUCCUCUUUUGGCAGAGCCAGACAAUGCAUAUGAUGUAUCAACUUGUUGCUAGAGAAUUGAAAUCAAUGCAGCUUGAUGAUGUACGCCUGCAAGACUAUCUCAACUUUUAUUGCCUUGGAAAUCGGGAAGCAUUCAACGAAGAACCUGCAAGUGCAAAUAAUGGUCCCGUCUCAGGAGCAUAUGAGCAUCGUCGAUUUAUGAUUUAUGUGCAUGCUAAGGGGAUGAUUGUUGAUGAUGAGUAUGUCAUAGUGGGGUCUGCUAAUAUAAACCAAAGAUCUAUGGCUGGCACUAAGGAUACUGAGAUAGCUAUGGGUGCAUAUCAACCCCAUUAUACCUGGUUUGGGAAGAAAAGACAUCCAUAUGGUCAGAUUUAUGGUUACAGAAUGUCGCUGUGGGCAGAGCAUCUUGGCAUGUCAGGAGAAAUUUUCAGGGAACCAGAGAGUUUGGAGUGUGUGCGUAAAGUGAAUGCAAUUGCAGAUGAAAACUGGAAAAGAUUUGUUUCUGAAGAGUUUUCAGAGCUGCAAGGACAUCUCCUGAGGUACCCUUUACAUGUAGAUCAGGAUGGGACGGUUAGUUCUCUCGCUGAUUGUGAGACUUUCCCAGAUGCCGGUGGUAAGAUAAUUGGGACUCACUCUCCAACAAUUCCAGAUAUCCUAACAACAUAACGAUCUCCAAAAAACUAUAAAAAAAAAAAUAACGAUCUCCAAAAUUAAUGUUU